AUGGAUUCCGGUGACGCGUGGGGCCGCUCCUCCUCCACCUCCUCCUCCGCCGCCGCCGCGAGGCGCCUGCAGUCCCGCUACGAUCUGUACAUGGGGUUCGACGACGCGGACGCCGGCGGGGAUGAGGUGGAGGCGCGCGGGGCGGAGGCCUACAACUGCCCCUUUUGCGGCGAGGACUUCGACUUCGUCGGGCUCUGCUGCCACAUCGACGACGAGCACGCCGUCGAGGCCAAGAGCGGGAUUGCUGAAAAGAUGAGAUUCUUGAAUGUUCUGCUGGAGAAUUCUUGUUUGUCUGUGGUAGUUCGGGUUGGAAAUGUAGAAAUCAAGUUCCCUUUUGGGUGGCUGCGUUGGAACACUUUAGGAACCUGCUCCCUUGACAGAGAGUUUCUUUAUGGUGUUGCUGGUUGGAAUUGCGGGAUGUGGUUGGCCUCUGGCGUUCCUACAGGAGUCUUUAUGGCUCUUGGGAAUUUUUCCUUUGCCCCUGAUCCAUUUUUGCAAUCUUUAAUUUGUAGUUUGCCUGUGGCUGAACCAUCGAAAGGUUUUCGUUCCGACUCAUCUGACAAAACAUUUUUGCUAAAUAAAUUCCCAGAUGAAAAGGUCGUAGAGAGAGCUGAAACAUCUCUGUCCGAGAAGGAUCAGAAGGAGAGGGCUCAGAGGAGUGCAUUUGCCCGUGGGCUUGUGCUUUCCACAAUAUUUGAUGAUGAUACCAUAUUGAAACCUUACCUAGAAAAGCUGAACCUGAUAUUUACUAAAAGGGACGUGUUCACUACCAGGUCUAUGCACCAGAUGGAGAAUGAUGUGCAUGGGGGCUAA